CCUGGCUAGAGUUCAUUUAAAGGCGGAAGUGCUGUGCUGUUCAUACGUGACUGAUCCUUAUUAUAAGAGUUGCAGCAAUUAUAUUCUAUUGACUUACUUGCUUCAGUGAAGGUAUGUUACAAUUUACUUAUGAAUAUAUGCUAAGAUCAGGCUAUUGUAUUAAGACAAAACAGAAGCCAUGAUGUUUAGAUUCGCUCAAGUUUUAGUUCUCUGAGUGAAUUUAAUAUGGAGGCAUGAAACCAUUAGGAAAGUCGGGAGUCUGCGGAUGGAAUCUAUGAUUUGACCAUCCCAAAACAAUCUCUUUCGCAGUAUUUCGUUCUCUUAUUACAGCAUCAUUUUAAAGAGGUUGAAUUUUUCUGGGAUUGAUUUUCGUAGACGGUUGUUAAAGAAUUAUCAUUCUUUGAACAAAUACCGGAAAAUUAAAAAAAUUAUGAUAAUGAAUACCAAGUCAGCAUCUCGACAUCGUCCGGCAUUUGGAUCGUUUUAUAAUGGCUGUCAACUUCUGGUGAGGUUUCUGUGGACACUCAGGUGUAUAGAUAUCUUAGUCCAACCGGAUAGUUAACAUAUAUAUGACACAGACUGAAUCUAAAGUUUUAAACUUGGAUUUACUUUAAAGUACCCUGACGUUAUUUGUUCUCAGGACGUCUUAUAACCCUGUUUGCCCGGCAGGAAAUAUUUUCAUGAUCAUGAUUUGAUGAUAGAAAGUCUAGCUUCAAGUAUUUAAUAAAUUCGUAGGUAAUUUUGGCAACAGUAGAACAUCUGAAACACAAACAUGUCUUUUGCAGUAGUAAUUUUGGAAUGAAAUUCGCUCAAAUUUCCGCAAGCUUCAGCUAUUUGCGGUCAAAAUGGUUGCCCAUAAUAAGACCUCAAAAACACUCCAAGAAUCGUAUCGUGUAUUAUGUGUCAUGUGAAGCUUGGAUUGAUGAUUCAUUGAUAACGUCAUUCCGUUGGGUCACAGGUUUAUGACCGAUGAUCACUAAAUAUAAUCUGUUGCUGAGACUCAGGUGGCUCCCCAUUAAACCAAAAUGAAAAAGCCCGCUCGAUGCAAAAUCUUCCGCACAGUUGAAAUUUAUUCUGUGGGAUAGAGUGGCUAUCCUCUUGAGUUGGUCCUGUUUGACUGGUCUAUCCGGUUUAACCGGAACUUAGCCUUUCACUUUCACAAUUGGGGUAAUCUCUGACGUAUAAAUCUGUGAUCUCUUUUUUUUUUUCUCAACAAAACUGUGUACUCCCUGUGUCAGUCGAAUCACGUUUUUUUUGUAUCUCGUUUCAUUCUAGAUGUAUUGUUUCCGUCUGGGCUACGACCAAUACCAAUGAUGAGUCUACUUGUAAAAAGAAAACGAAUGCACUUGUCAAAAAAAAUCUGAAUCCCUUUCAAACUGGCGUGUCAGAAUUUUAAUGUGACUAUAAUAGCUUUCCUCUAAGACUCUUGCUGCGUGCGUUGCUUUCGCGGUUCACUUUGCUCAACUCUCGAAAAAGAGAGGUUGCUCGCAGGCUAGGUUUAAAGCUACCGGAAGCGGAGUCACAUUUAUUGUAGUUGUUGUUGUUGUUGUUGUUUUCUUUGCCCCCUAACAUGGUUACCGUGACGUCACACGAAAAUCCUUUUUUAUGAAAUCAUUAGUGAAGUCUUGUGUGGUUAGCCUCCUUUACCUAGACCUCGUUCCCAGAAUUCUCUCUCUCUGUGAGCUAGAGAACCCUGGGAACGAGUUUACUUUUACCUUCAUGACAGUACCUUUUUAACAGGGUGUCGGCCAAUGAUCUUGACCUCGUUCCAAAGAAAACAGGGCACAGUAACUUGUUAAGCUCUGAGUGCAUGAACGCCGUAUGUACCAUUAAUCAGUGGGUCGAAAUGGGGGAUGGGACGGUAAAAUGAAUGUUGUUUGUACUAUACCUGUAAAAAAAAAUAAAUAAAUAAAAUACAAAAAAAAAAAAAAAAAAAAAAGGAAUGCCCAAAAAUGUUAAAUUGGGGUACAAAAAAUCUCUGCCCUCCCUAGAACAUAAAAAAUCAAAACAAUAUGAUACCCCAUUCCCACUGAGAUAGCAUCCUUUCAAUCAGUCAAUUAAUCUGGCCCGUAAAAGGAAUCACUGAUUUGCAGUGUUCUGGACGCAGGUCAUGUUUCUUAGUCCUUUAUGUUAGAAUUUUCCUGUUACCCCAAUGUACAGUAACAUUGCUGCAAUUAUAAGGCCGGAAUCUUAUAAACGGCUCUUUGCUAUUCAUCCAGGCAAUGGCGACAUCUCAGGGACUCGAGUGUCCAGUCUGUUGCGAAAGUUUUGAUGGCCAAGACGUCAGCCCUCGUAUGCUGAGUUGUGGUCACAGCUUUUGCACGAGCUGCCUGGAGCGGUUACUCGCUACAGAUGACAAAAUUACCUGCCCAACCUGCAGAGUUGAAGUUAAAGUACCUCAAGCUGGAGUGGCGGGGCUGCCAAAGAAUUGGGCAUUGUUAAGCCUCAUUGCACCUGAUCAUGAAGGUGUUGAUGGUUUGCCAAUUUGCGAAUUUUGCGAAAAUAAGCAUCCUGCGAACUCUUAUUGCUUGGACUGUGAAGAGGACAUGUGCAAGAAUGCUGCUCGAUUUCACACUCGUAACAAGACCAGUCGUGACCAUCGUAUUGUCUCCUUGGAGCCGUCUCCUGUAUCUGUAAAGUGUCCGAAACAUGACGAGCAAUUUCGUUUAUUUGAUGUCAAGCGUAAUUGUAUGAUCUGUAGGAGCUGUUUUACCAGUUUUCGAGGUCGCCAUGUUGAGUCUUUAGCGGAAGCCAGUUCAAAAUGUAAAGAGAAAUUUGAAGAACUUGCUACUAGAGCCAGAUCUAGAGCUGAGGUAAUCAAAGCCGCGGAACAAGGUGUAAAAGAUGCGAGUCUUGAUGUGAAAGCGUCUUGCGACGAACAGCGUGCUCGAAUUGAAAGUGUAUUCAAAAAGGUAAGUUUUGAACUCAAUUUUUUUUUCGCUGAAACGAUCUUAACUUCGGUUCAUGAGAUUUAAAAGAGGUCUUACUCUUGCCCUGGUCUUUAAAGAGGCAUUUCCCAAAAUCUGUGGUUUCCCCGGCAACGCUAUCACGCUACCAGUUAGAAUAGGAUUUGAUCCCCAGUGAUUUCUAGAAUAUUAUCAUCUGUUUUAUACUAAUUGCCUUGCAGCUCCGUACUGCCAUCACAACAAGAGAAAAACAUUUGCUGAAUGAGUUAGACCAAGUACACAAUAGCAAGGCGCUUAUCCUCACAGAGCAGCGGAGCCGUCUACGCGAAUAUCAAGAAAAUAUAGAAAGUACCGUCCAAGAUGUUUUGUCGACCAUCCAAACACUGGACAAUGCCAAUCUCCUGGACGCCAGCGCCAAUUUAGAGUCCACGCUCGUUGCCAUGGAAAAGCAAUCCUUCAUGCUUGAGCCUGAGGCACAAUGUGUUCCGGAGUUUAACCUUAAUCGUCGUAGAUUGCAAUACUUGCAAGACAGUGUCAAUACUUUGGGCACAGUCAGCGAUAAGUCGACCUGUGCCGAAACCACCACUGCUUGUGGCUCAGGACUGGAGCGCGCAAAACGAGGAGAGGAGGAAUCUUUCACCAUCAAUGCUUUUGACGCUCAAGGUGUCCAACGUACCGUGGGUGGAGACGCUUUUGCAGUAGAGCUUAAAAGCGGAUCAGGAGAGAAAAUUAGAGUGAAUGUUAGGGAUGAAAGGAAUGGUAGUUACGUAGUUACUUACACUAUUCCUUCAGGUGCUAAACGAGUUAAUUACACAUUGAGCGUGCGUUUGCGAGGUGUUCACAUUCAAGGUAGCCCUUUUGCUGUACAUAUAGCAUCAUCACUACGCGGCAAGACUUGCAAAGCGUUGUCGAAUGUAGCUAGUAAACUCACUCAGCGUUGA